AUGGGGAGGCCCACGACGAGUGCCCUGCUGCUGCCCAUCGCCUUCUUCCUGAGCCUUUUGCAUGCUGCACCCCGAACUUACCUGCCUCUUGCCCGCCGGCAGCUCCUCACCAACUUCGUAAGCAUGUUUUUACUUUUACGGGUGCAAUGAUAUUGUUUUUGGGGCAAGGGGCGGGCAGUGGAUGUUGCAGACCUCACACAGUGCAGGCGCAGGGCAACCCUAAAAUUUGAGCGCCGAUCCUUUAUCGGUUGAUGGGAAAGAUUGACAUGGGAGAAAGCUGGGCACCUUUCUGAGUGCCUGGCUGUUCCUUGCGCUCCCUGAAGCCAAGAGUUGCCCAGGCUGCUUUCUUGCUUGUUGUUUUAAUGCGGGUGACAGGAGAAUGUCCUUCUUGCUUCCUCUCCUUCUUUAUAUGGAUGUCUUUGGGGGUUUGGGGGAAGCGUGAGGAGAGAGAAUGCUGUGGUACGAUGUAUCUGCAAAUGUGAUCAGUCCGGGAACUGGAAAAGAGGCAGCGUGCUUAGUAUUGUCGGGAAUGUGGUUCAUAGUCCGUUAACGAUUGUGACAGCAAGGCAGGGUUGCAGUGCCCCGCAGAGCAACUGAAGCGAGGGCUGUCCGUGGUGGAAGUGCAGGAUAGGGACCCUACAGCGGAGGACUCUCAGAAGAAUCUGGCAGUCGCCCUACUCUUUGGCUCUCUGGUUGGUUUUUUUCUCUCUCCCCCGCCCCCCGGUUGUACACACAACAGGGAGUAUUCCGCUAAGUUUACCUCACAGUUCAAAUCGAUGGACGUAACAUAAGUCACGCCGACGUAACAUAAGUCACGCCGAUUUCUUUCUUUCCUUUCCUUUUAUUUUUCAAAUUUAUGUAAUCAUCCGACAUUCGUUCAGGAAAAUCAACAAAUCUCCUCUAGGAAAUAAAACGGCUCCGGAUCAUAAUAUUCUGCAAGAAAUUACGUCUUCACAUAAAAUUCUCCAGACCUCCUUGAAUUUUCUUCCAUAGGAAGUAGUUAUUUUAUGGGGGGGGGGAUCGUAUAAGGAACAACCAGUUUCCUCAUAAUUUAUAUCCACAUUCACUUGCCAUUCUUGCUCUUUGUUGUUUUUGCCAUUAUAGCCAAAUCCCGAACUUGUAAAGCCGUUCCUUUCCACUUUUGAGCCAUUAACAUCCUUGCAGCUGUGAACAAUUGGAUGUAUAGAUCCUUAUGUUUACCUAUCUUUAUGAUAGGUGUUAACUAAUGCCAGUGGGUCUACUUUGAGUAAAACUUAGGGCUUUUCCACACUUGUGCUUGGCCCGCCGUUUUCCCCCGAGAAAACCCUCAGUUUAUUGCUGAAUCGGUCCAAACUCCAAUGGUGCUUUCUAUGGAUUGCUGUUUGUUCCAGUUCAGCAGGAAAGAGCAUGUUUUCCUGGGGGAAACUGCAUGGCAAACCAAAAUCUGCCUAGAAAGCACAGAACAAGCAGAAAACCUCUCAGAAUUUCUGGAUGUGGGACAAGCAAAGUGUGGAUGAGCCAUUUGUUGGCUACCACCCCUUAUAUUUCACAGAAUCACAGAAUUGUACAGUUGGAAGGGACCGCGAGGGGCAUCUAGUCCAACCCCCUGCAAUGCAGGGGUUUUUUGCCCAAUGUGGGGCUCGAACUCACAACUCUGCGAUUAAGAGCUACAUGCUCUACUGACCGAGUUAUAAAGUGCAUUGCUUCCCCUCCCCUCCAUAAAUAAUUGCGGAAACUGUAGUUUACCCCGCAAAGAGCUACAGUUAGCAGCACCCUUCACAAACUACAUUUCCUAGGAUUCUUUAGGGGAAGUCAUGAGCUUUAAAUGUGUGUAGUGCGGCCUUAGCGAUUCCCGUCUUGCUAAGAUAAAUGUGUGCAGCUGGUGCGAAAAAAGCGAAAUGCUGUGCUAAGGGUCGUUUAGGAAAGGGACUGAAAAUAAAACUGCCAGUAUCAUAAUGCUGCCAAAUCGUGUACCGUUCUGGUUGCCUCACCUCAAAAAGGAUAUUGUAACACAGGAUAUUGUAAAGGUUUCAUAAAAGGAAGAUUCAGAAGAGAUGAAAGGAAGUGUUUCUUCACAUGGUGAAGCUACGAAACUCCUUCCUACGAGAUGUGAAGAGCUGAUAGCCACCAACUUAGAUGGCUUUAAGGGAAGAUUAAACGCGUAUCAAUCAGAGUAGAGCCAUUAAAAUGGACGGACCUUACUUAGUCUUGCUCAUUAAUUUCAGUGGGUCUGAGUAAAACUUAGUCGAAUUCCACCCACAAACCCCAUGCCUUAAUAAAAAAAUGGGGGGGGGGAACCCACCUACAAAAAAAAAAAUUCCUUAAAUGCCUUAACACACUCACUCACUCAAAUUAUUAGCGUUUCACAUUAUGGUAGACUAGGGAUUAUUCAGAUCAUGAAUACAUGCCUCCCUCCUUCUCAUAACUUUUGUGCGAAGGAAUUGGCUCAUUCCUUAUGUUUCCCUUUCCAGUAAUACAGAGCCCUUAACAUGCGACAGCCUUCAAUUCUAAUUGGGGAUGUUUUAACCCAUCAUUUCAUACCCAUCGUUUGUUUUCUUACCAGUUGUACAUCUCUUUGAGAUUGUUUGCUUCCCCUUGUAUGCCGGUAUCCCUGUAGUUCACAGUGGCCUCUUGGUUUGGGCCUGUCUGCUACAGGACUAAAUAGCAGUCUCACAGAUGAUUCAGGAAGAGGGGGGUAUACAGUGCUAUUUUUCUAGAAAAAGAGGUGCCGGAACUCGCCACAAACACCUCCAUUGUUCUCUUACAAGGGCAACGGCGCCCACCUGAGAGGUGCUGGAACGGAGUUCUGAGUACAUUUCAAUUUAAAUUCACGGCACUCCCCUCUCAUCCGCAGGGACACAUAUCUGAUUGAGUAACAUUUCAGCGGUAGCGCAUGGCCGCCUAUUUGCCAGUGAUUUAUUAUCGCUGAAGUGUGAGGUGUUACACAAUCAGAGCUCCCUCUCUUCCUUUUCCUCUUCCUCCCCCCCCCCACAUUGUGUGUGUGUGGUGUGUGGAUAGAUAGAUAGAUAGAUAGAUAGAGGUCUAGUGUGAGAGAGAUCACCCUCAUACACAUGGAGAAAACCACAUCUGUCGGGGCAUAAUAAGUAUCCCCCCUCAGUGAGAAUCGAAUACGUGAGGAUCGAAGCGGAAGCAGCUUGUAAAUUGUCACUUUCCUGUGAUAACCAUCACUUGUGGGUGACUAGACAGAGAAGUGUUAAAAUUUGUGGCUUACUCCACCCUGCCUUCCAAGCCACAAGUGACUUAAGAUUGGAUUGGGUGGGUGGGUGAACUAGUAGCUUCCGUGGACUCAUUGAUUUUUCAAGGCCGGCUCUACCGUUAAGCAGAGUGAUGCAACUGCCUCAGGCAGCGGCUUUUGAAGAUCACAAAAGGCAGCAAAUUAUGAGAGGCAUCGGGUUGGUUUUUUUAAUGCUCACUUUUGCCUCACGUUCCAAAAUACCUUGGUUAUGCCACAUCUUGACUUUCACGGGAGGAGGGGGGCUUUUGCUGUUCCAGUUCAGCCAGUAAAUUUUUUUUACUAGGCAGAGCUUUAGUCAGGCAUUGAAACACAUAGGCCUGGGCUGUGCACACAUUUAAAGCAUCCCUUCCCACAAAUGCUGGGAACUGUAGGUCCGUGAGAAGAAAACUACAGUUCCCAGAUUUUUUUGGGGGGUGAAGUGUCUUGGCUUCGUUGCUGAACUAAAGCGCCUGGGGAGCUUAGGAGCCAAGGUCCCUUUGCCCCCCCCAAUAAAAUAUUUGAGAGGCCCACCCCCAAGUUGAUGGGCGUUGCCAUUUAAAUGGCGUGUGUGCCACAUCUUGUGAUCAGUUAUGCAGGGUAAGGUUUAUCUGCCCCCCCCCAUUUUAUUCAAGUUGGUAGCCCUGCUGGGAAGUAGCAGUAGCAAAGUGAGUUUUGUUUUGAUUAUUGAAUUUUCAUCCAAAGAUCUCAGGGUGGUUCACAGCAUAAAAAUACAAAAUAAAACCACAAAGUACAUAAUAAAAAAAGAACGCAAACAAAACAAUACCCCCCCCUUCCCACAAACACAUUUUAAAGGACAUAUCGUUUCAUUAAUCAAAGUGCUAUCUCACUGGGCACGAGCACAUUCACAAGGUUACUGAAAGCCAUAUACAGUGGCCUUCAGGUUAAGUACUUAAUUUGUUCCGGAGGUCCGUUCUUAACCUGAAACUGUUCUUAACCUGAAGCACCACUUUAGCUAAUGAGGCCUCCUGCUGCCGCCGCGCCGCCGGAGCCCGAUUUCUGUUCUCAUCCUGAAGCAAAGUUCUUAACCUGAAGCACUAUUUCUGGGUUAGCGGAGUCUGUAACCUGAAGCGUUUGUAACCUGAAGCAUAUGUAACCCGAGGUACCACUGUAUUCAUUAUAUUGUGGCUUAGUGUGAUGCGUGAACCAGACCAUUGAGAUCUUUAUAAAUGAAAUGCAUGUUGCGUGAAGAACUGCAGUGGAACUUCGGCUGUCGAAUGUAAUCCGUUCCGGAAGACCGUUCGACUUCCGAAACGUUCGACAACUGAGGUGCAAAGGGCCGUUGACAAUUUUAAUUGAGAAAAUGAGAAACGUGCCUUGGAAGGCCUUCGAUUUCUGAGGCGUGUUUGAAAACAGAAGCAAUUACUUCUGGGUUUUCGGCAUUCGGGUUCCGAAAUUUUUGGCUUCUGAGGCGCUCGAAAACCGAAGUUCCACUGUACUUUCUUUACCUCUCAGCUUCCUUGGACUAGCAAACAUUUGUGGACCCUGCCUGUCUGUUUUGCUUCCGGCAAAUAUGCUUCUGCCUUAGGAUUGCAGGGAGAGAUAUUGAUUCCACUUUACCCCACUGAGGUUUUCUUUCUCUCUUGUUUCUUUUUUCCAGGAAUGCUGGAAUGCUACUGGUAAGUAAGAAAAUAAGUGCUCCUGUACUGCUGCUUGUGUGGCAACUGUGAUUGCAGCAAGGGACCAUGGGCAUUUUGGAGUGGACAUUGAAGAGAAAAGAUUUUGGAACUCCUAAACUCUAGGAUGUUGCUAGGCCUGGAGUGCAGGAAGGGUCCUUGUAUUGCAGAAUAUAACCAAAGGUCCCUCCGGGCAAUGUGUUUAUUGAGCAUUUAUUAUGAUUUGUUUGCACAGGGGUUAGAUUACAUCCUGUCUUUGCUGAGCGUUCAUUCUGAUAUGUUUGCAUGGUGGUUAUAUGACCAUGUGGGACGCGGGUGGCGCUGUGGGUUAAACCACAGAGCCUAGGACUUGCCGAUCAGAAGGUCGGCGGUUCGAAUCCCCGUGACGGGGUGAGCUCCCGUUGCUCGGUCCCUGCUCCUGCCCACCUAGCAGUUUGAAAGCACGUUAACGUGCAAGUAGAUAAAUAGGUACCGCUCCAGCGGGAAGGUAAACGGUGUUUCCGUGCGCUGCUCUGGUUCGCCAGAAGCGGCUUUGUCAUGCUGGCCACAUGACCCGGAAGCUGUAUGCCAGCUCCCUUGGCCAAUAAAGCAAGAUGAGCGCCGCAACCCCAGAGUCGGUCACGAUUGGACCUAACAGUCAGCGGUCCCUUUACCUUUAUAUGACAAUGACAAUUUGAUUGAUUAAUCAAUCUCGUAAAAGUUAUAUACCGCUUGAUUGCUGGGGGGGGGGGACCUUAAAGUGGUUUACCAAAAAGGUAAAGCAAUAAAAUUAUCUCUGAAAAGUUAGCAACCACAAUUUAAAACAUACAGAAAGUUAAAGCCGUGAUGGUUGAAGCAAAUUAAGACUUCUGUAAGCGUUCUAAACAUCUGUGUAGGCUGCAUUAGUCCUGUGUUCUUCCUGAAUUAUUUGUGUGGUACUUAGAUGUCUCCCCAUUCAGUCAUUUUUUCAUCCCAUACUUUUCAAUACUGACAGUCUGGAGGUUCCCAAAGGCUCAGUGCAGGCCAGUUUUUUAAAAGUGUCACAGAGAUGUGAAGGUACAUGCUUGAAUGUUCCUCCGUGGAGGGGUGGGUGGUGGAAAGCUGUGCACGUAGGAAAAUAGUGUGUCAGGGAGAAGGCUCAACUGAAUCCUCCACCCUGACAUGCUAGCUUUCUAGGUGCAUGGACAUCUUUGCAGGAACCUUACAGAGGGGGAAGGGAAGGAGAGACAGGCUAAUGGCUUUUGAGUUGGAGGAGAUGGAAAGUACUGGCAAGUGUGCUUAUAGCUGGCUGGAGUACUGGGACUAUAAUUCAGAUUUCCGGAAAAGACCCAUGUUAAAUCUAUUGCAACAGAAACGACAGAAGUUCAUAGCACUUUAAACCCUAAGAGACCCUCCAGACGGGUGUUUUUUUGCAGGUGUGUAACAACUGUGCAUUCUGCAAUAUGUCAUGGAUAGAAUAACGGUGCAUUAAUGAUGGAUUUGAAGUGUUGGUGCUGACCUUUAAAGCCCUAAACGGCCUCGGCCCAGUAUACCUGAAGGAGCGUCUCCACCCCCAUUGUUCUACCUGGACACUGAGGUCCAGCACCGAGGGCCUUCUGGCGGUUCCCUCACUGUGAGAAGCCAAGUUACAGGGAACCAGGCAGAGGGCCUUCUCCGUAGUGGCGCCCUCCCUGUGGAACGCCCUCCCAUCAGAUGUCAAAGAGAUAAACAACUACCAGACUUUUAGAAGACAUCUGAAGGCAGCCCUGUUUAGGGAAGCUUUUAAUGUUUGGUGUAUUAUAGUAUUUUAAUGUUUUUUGGAAGCCCAGCCAGAUGGGAGGGGUAUAAAUAAUAAAUUAUUAUUAUUAUACUGGGCUGCCCACACAUCAUUCCUCUUGGCUGGUUGUUCCAAGAUGCUUCUCCAGCGUUAUCCCAUAAUUGCAUUAUUGUUCUUUUCUACAGCGUAUGGUGCCCUGCCUCGGUCCAAAUUCCGAUGCCAGCGGAAGCUGCAGGAAGACCUAUCCCUGCGUGUGCCCAGCCUUAGCCUAAGCCCAGUUCAGCUGUUCCGCAAGCGCCAGACGUGUGUGCGUGUUCGCUUGGCUUUGAACGCUACAGGUAUGAUGUGGGAGCAGGUGGGGUGGGCCAGGGCCUGAUCCAGCCAGGGUUCUUACAACAGGUGUGGGGAGGAAGGAAAUCACAGUUAAUAUUAUUAUUGAAGUGUUCUCAUGGUGCAAUAAGAUAUAGAAAACGAAUGUAAAUGGGAUGUCAUUUAGAAGGGUUAGGAGCGUGUCCAAUUCUGGGCACCACAAUUUAAGAAGGAUGUUGACAAGCUGGAACGUGUACAAAGGAGGGCAACCAAGAUGAUCAAGGGUCUGGAAACCAAGCCUUAUGAGGAACAGUUGAAGGAGCUGGGUAUGUUUAGCCUGGAAAAGAGGAGACUGAGAGGAGAUAUGAUUGUCAGGAGCUCGUCCUACUCUCAAGUAGGACCCUGGCAGAGACACAUGCCUGACUGGCAUGUUCUCUCCCUCCUGGCCGUUCGUUCGGGAGCUUCAAAAGCUUUCUUUAGCCCGAACAUCACAGCGACCGAUGCCAACAGACACCGGCACACUUAGGGAUCUGCAGAGUGUUCGCAGUUUGCGUAACUCAGCAACUCAGCAUUUUGGCUAAUCUACUUUGUUUACAUAUAAACACACACGGAGCACUGCAACAUGGCUCCCUCUCUCUCUAGCAUUAGACAGCAAAGAGAAAGAACAAAGGACAAUAGUCCCACUUCACGGAACACAGUAACACAAACAUCCUGUCUCCGUCACUUCCCACACUGUGUGAAUGAAAACAUACACCGUCAUGUGAUAGACAACAAUCCCAUGACUGCAAUCGUGGGGCAGGAAUUCUAACAAUGAUAGCCACCUUCAAAUAUCUCAAGGGCUGUCACAUGGAGGAGGGAACAAGUUUGUUUUCUCCUUCUCUGCAGUGUAGGAUUCAAACCAAUGUCUUCAAAUUACGAGAAAGGAGAUUCCAACUAAACUUCGGGGGGGGGGGGACUUUCUGACAGUAAGAGCUGUACAACGGUGGAACAGUCUCCUGCUGGGAGGUUAUGGUCUCUCCUUCCUUGGGGGUUUUUAAGCAGAGGCUGGAUGGCCAUCUGUCAUGGAUGAUCUAGUUGAGAUUCCUGCAUAGCUGGGGGUUGAACAAGAUGACCGUUGUGUUUCUUUUCAACUCUACGGUUUUGUGAUUCUAGCUCCCAAGCUUUGAUUAAAUUCUAGCAUCUAUUGGGCCCAGGAAUUUAGGGCACCCUGGCACCCACAAACUCAUAACAAUAUGUCUUUCAAAUAAUAUUUAUUAAAGUUUCAAAAGAAGAAAAAUCACAUUAAUAAAAAGAUUAACAAUAAAGAGAAAAAAAUACAAAGUAGAAAAAAGAAAAAACAGUUAAAAACAAUUCCAUCUUUUCAUCACUUCUUUUACAUUUACUUGUUUCCCGGACCUCCUCAUACCUCCCUCUUUUGUAUUCCAAUUCAAUUUGUUAAUCCAACAGUUCCUUUCCCUCCUUUUUAAUCCUGAUCUUUAAUCUUGAUAUAUUAUAACAUUAAAUUUUUACAUAUUAAAAACCAAUUUUUCCAUAUUCUUUUAUACCUGUACAGCUAGAAACCACUUAACUUCAAUCCAACAUCAUUCUAACAUUCAUUAAUUUUGCAAUAUUUCUGUAAAUAGUCUUUAAAUUUCUUCCAGUCUUCUUCCACCGACUCUUCUCCCUGGUCACAAACUCAUAACAAUAUGAUGCACUUGUUCAGCAAACCCGCACAUGCACAGCAUGCACACUGCCUUGUAAGCACCAGGAGAGGUAGACUGCUUCUACUGCUUAGAAACUGCCGUAUUAAGUGGGAUACAAAGUACUCAGUUAAAGUGAUAAAUAAUACCAGGACUCAGUGAAGAUUUGUGUUGCCUUGGACUGCCUGUCUCUCUCCUUGGCACUACAGUGGUACCUCAGGUUAAGUACUUAAUUUGUUCCGGAGGUCCAUACUUAACCUGAAACUAUUCUUAACCUGAAGCACCACUUUAGCUAAUGGAGCCUGCUGCUGCUGCUGCGCCGCUGGAGCACAAUUUCUGUUCUCACCCUGAAGCAAAGUUCUUAACCUGAAGCACCAUUUCUGGGUUAGCGGAGUCUGUAACCUGAAGCGUAUGUAUCCUGAAGCGUACGUAACCUGAGGUACCGCUGUAUUCUCUCUCUCUUUUUCCUGACCUCAGGCAUUGAAGGACUGGAGUUGCAUUUCCUGGUUAUAAGUUCCAAACGCUCUGGCUGGCUUCAGAUCUUCAGAAGAGCAGGCGCUGGAACCUUGGUUAGUUAUCACCCUUCCUAUGGAAGUGUUGGAUUGUGAUGGGGAGGCUUCUCAACAGGAUGUUGCUGCCUUCUGUUUAUUAGCUGUACGAAAGGCCGAAAUUCAGCUGAUUAAGUUCUCCUUUAUCUCCAUGUUGGGAAAAGCUUCAGAACUUCUGCCUGCCGGCACAGGAGUUCUGUGCCCGGAAAGAAAGGUAGAAACAUAUACACCACACCACAACCUCCUUUUUGACCAUUGCAUUGGGAAACGACCAAUCUUUGUACAUUCCUAAUUCAUAGUGGUAUCUUUCAACAUCUUUGCAAAAUGUCGGAGCAACGUGUAAUUUUAUGGGAACCUAUUUUCUUGGGGUGGUUGGGAGUUGUAGUACGGUAUCCUCUGGAGGAUCACAGAUUCCUCAGCCUUGGCCUCGGUUUCAGAAAUGGUGGAAACUUGGCUGUGCUUCCCAGUCCCCCAUCUUUUGAUGGCCAUAGCAAUGUACCAGACACUGAGUUUAUUUUGUGUUCUAAGGGAUGUAUCUGGGACACGGGUGGCGCUGUGGGUUAAACCACAGAGCCUAGGACUUGCCAAUCAGAAGGUCAGCGGUUCGAAUCCCCACGAUGGGGUGAGCUCCCGUUGCUCGGUUCCUGCUCCUGCCAGCCUGGCAGUUUGAAAGCACGUCAAAGUGCAAGUAGAUAAAUAGGUACCACUCCAGCGGGAAGGUAAACGGCGUUUCCGUGCGCUGCUCUGGUUCGCCAGAAGCAGCUUAGUCAUGCUGGCCACAUGACCUGGAAGCUGUACACUGGCUCCCUCGGCCAAUAAAGCGAGAUGAGCGCCGCAACCCCAGAGUCGGUCAUGACUGGACCUAAUGGUCAGGGGUCCCUUUACCUUUACCUUUAGGGAUGUCUGUGUCCUGAAGUAGAAAAGGUACAGAGGACAGGACUGAACCCUAAAAAACUUGCUUUCAGUGGUCAACUCAACUCCUUGUAAAUGCAUAAUGAAUGGGGGUGCCCUUGAGCUUGAGCAGAGUGAGGACCUGUUGGGUGACUGCAACAAGCAUGCAUGCUCUUCUAGGCUUAGGGAUCAUUGUGAUGUUGAGUUUCAGGCAGACUUGAGGAAUGGCACCCCAUCUCUUACGAGCGAGGCUUGUGGGAAAAUACUGUGUGGAAGUACAGCGGUACCUUGGUUUAAGAACAGCUUAGCUUACGAACAACUUGGAUUAAAAACGCUGCAAAGCCAGAAGUAGGUGUUUUGGUUUGUGAACUUUGCCUUGGAAGCAGAACAUGUUCCGCUUCCUGUUGAGUGUGUUCCUUUUGUAAAUUGAGUCCCCCGCUGCUAUGGGAAAGCAUGCCUUGGUUUAAGAACACUUUGGUUUAAGAACAAACUUCCCAAUGGUUGGGAACAACCCAAUGGUUGCCAUUAACCUGAUUUGAAUUAAUUUUAUAAUGAAAUGAUUUUAGAAUGUUUUAUCAUUUUAUUGUUGUUAGCCGCUCUGAGCCCUGUUUCGGCUGGGGAGGGCGGGAUAUAAAUAAAAUUUAUUAUAUUAUUAUUAUUAUUAUUAAGUUCGUAAACCAAGGUACUACUGUACUUCCUUUCUACAAUUAACAGAUGGAGAAGACUUGGGAAUUAACAUAAUUUGCUUCAACCUUUUAAGGUUAAAUUCAUGAGGGCUAGAAAUGUGGGGGGGUUUUUUACAAAUUGAAAGCUGGUAUGUUCAAGACCCUCCACAAGUCAUUGGAUUCCAUGUUCAGGGGUUUGAAUAGAUAUGAGCAGUGCUUUCUUUGUGGCGGUAGUGACUGAUACGGAAUACCAUCACCUUUCUCUUUUUUUGCUGUGCAUGGCAGCCAUUUUGUACUCACAACUGCCGCUCCAUUGCCAAGAUAUGCGCGGUGACACCUCAUACCCCCCAAAGCACUGGAUGUGAUGAUGCAGUGGUGUGUGAAGUCUGGCUUGUACGUUUUGUGGACUCCUGCUGUUUAAGAGAUUCACCAGAUAAUCGCUUACAGAGCAAUAGCGUUGCAGCAACUAGUUAGGGGGUUACUCCAGCUUGGGACAGGCCAAGAUUCCAGCAUGGUUUACAAGCAGGGGAUCUGGGUGAGCACCAUUCUCACUGUGGCAUUUCCUUCUCCAGUGGCAGGUGCUAUUUGACUGUUUCCCAGCAGAGAGCGGCCGCCGGGUGCUUGUUUCGCUGGAAACCAUUCCUGGCGGGGUGCUGAGCAUCAACGAAAGCCUUUUAAUCCCUAACAACCAAUUAGGUAAGACAUGGCUAGAAUACACAUAGGCCCGGCCUACUGCCAUUGCUGAGGGGUUUGGAAUUCUGUGCCCAGAAAAUCUUCAAAUUCUGUGCUGGGGAAAAAUGGUGUUCAGGAAACACUGGACAUAGAUGGUGUUCAAAGUGCCUUCCUUGGCAUUCCAGAAUUAUCUUGUGACCAAUGCAGAGGGGAGAGGGGCCAAGGUCUUAGACGAGCAUAAUAUAUUUCUGUAACUUGCACAUGCAAGAAUUUAAUCCUAUAUCAAAGUACACACAAUGGCUAAUAGCCAAUAGAAUAUGCAGUAAUAGCAGGAUAAUCCUGUGUGGCUUUGCAACAUUUCCACACCAACGCCAUGUGUUACCUCACAUACACGAAGCCUUGAAACACAUCAGUGUGGUGAGUGUGGAGAGCCAGUGUGGUGUAGUGGUUAAGAGCGGUAGACUUGUAAUCUGGUGAACCGGGUUCGCUUCCCCGCUCCUCCACAUGCAGCUGCUGGGUGACCUUAGGCCAGUCACACUUCUCUGAAGUCUCUCAGCCCCACUCACCUCACAGAGUGUUUGUUGUGGGGGAGGAAGGGAAAGGAGAACGUUAGCCGCUUUGAGACUCCUUCGGGUAGUGAUAAAGCGGGAUAUCAAAUCCAAAACUCCUCAUCAGUUGCCGCAGCAGCGUUCCAAAUGUCCUGCUCCAGAUUGGGUUUUCUCCUCUGCCACAGCCUGCUUUUCCUUCCCCAGAGGUUCCAGAGUUCCACCACAGAUGGGUGCCAGCAGAACGGGCUAUUGAGGUGUCUGUCCCUGAGGGUCCUGACAUCACAGUACGCCUCUGCCACCAGUUGGCUCUGGAGUGCGAGGAACUGGGCCAGCCUUUCCACCAGCAGGUGAGACCUUGGAGGGGAAGGAUGCAGAGGAGGAACAGAAAUGGACCCAUCUAAAAGGAGAUAAAGUCCCUGCUAGAGAAGAAUGGCAGAUCAUGUUGAUGGAUUAUGCCGCCAUGGCUCAAAUGACCAGAAGAAGCCGAAAUCAGGAAGACCUAAAUUUUAAUAAGGAAUGGGGGGAAAUUAUAACUUACCUUAAAGACCAUUGUAGACAGUUAAAAUCGUUAGUAGGAUUGGAAUAUCACUUGUAGUUUAAGGGUGAAUUUUGGACACGAUGGAGAUGUAAAAGAUUUGGCUCAUCAUAAAAGAUGCAGGAGGAAAUGAUUAACAAUAGGACCCACAAAGGGAAGGAGGGAAGUCCAAGAGAUUCCUUGGAAUCUAGUGUUUAUGUUUGGUCUAUGUUUGAUAUAUGACUGUAAAAUUUUAAUCCGAAAAACCAAAUAAAUUUAGAAAGAAGGGAGGAAAGAAAAGAAAUGGACCCAUCUAGUAGGAAGGGUGGGAUGCGGGUGGUGCUGUGGGUUAAACCACAGAGCCUAGGACUUGCCGAUCAGAAGGUCGGCGGUUCAGAUCCCCGUGACGGGGUGAGCUCCCAUUGCUCGGUCCCUGCUCCUGCCAACUUAGCAGUUUGAAACCACCCCAAAAACUGCAAGUAGAUAAAUAGGUACCGCUCCAGCGGGAAGGUAAACAGUGUUUCCGUUCGCUGCUCUGGUUCACCAGAAGCAGUUUACUCAUGCUGGCCACGUGACCCGGAAGCUGUACGCUGGCUCCAUUGGCCAAUAAAAUGAGAUGAGCGCCGCAACCCCAGAGUCGGUCACAACCGGACCUAAUGGUCAGGGGUCCCUUUAACUUUACCUUUGGUGGGAAGGAAGAGCAAGGAGGCUGUUGCUUCCUGUACAAACAAUAAAACGAUAAAAUAAUGGGGGGCGGGGAGGAAAAGGCAGGACAAACAGGCUGGAGGGAUAUGAAGGGGAAUGUGUGGGUUGAGUAAGAAGAAUUACAAACUUAUAUUCUGCUCCAGAGCCUCAAUGUUAUGGCCCUCUUCUCCUCUUCCAAGGUUCUGGUCUCCAAGUAUCACCCUGCUCUGCUGUCGUAUGAGCGCCUGCUCCCAUGCUUAUGUAUCGAGGUGCGUGCACAUCAUGUUGAGGGGCCCACCAUUCCAACACUUUUCAGUGGGAGGAGAAAAGAGAGGUACCGUCUCUCUUGUGGGUGGGCGGGGAGAUGUACAAACAGAACCGGGAAGGGGAAGAGGGAUUGAAAUAGCCUUCUGCAACCUGGUUCCCUCUGACUGCUUUGGGCAUUAACUCCCACCGGCUGUUGUAGUUCAAAACAGCUGGAGGGCACCAAGUUGGGGAAGGCUGAAGGACAGAAACCUGAGCUGAGGCUUACUUCUGUGGCUCAGUCUUGUAGCAGAUUUUGCUUAGGUUUGUGGGUAGCUGUGUCUUUAAGAGCCCCUCCUACCCACGCCAGGCCCUCUACAGAAAGUGGCCAUGUGGCCAGGGCUGGGCAGGGGACAGAACAUCCAAGAAUGUUUCCAGAUGGGUGUUGAUUGCAGGAUGGUUGCUCCUUAUGCCUGCAAUUUUGGCAGCUUUGUUGGCAUCAAAUUCCAGUCCAUCGUUCCCCGCCACCACCAAUUUCAUCCAGAUUUGACUUGUUUGUGAAUGACCCAUUUACAGUGUUACGCCUCCCGCGCCCCUUACCCCAAGCCCACAAUCUGGAAGCACCCCAGGACAGAAUGGGCUCACCUGCCAUUUUUUAUUGGGUGCCUCUUAGCACAUGGGUGGGAGCCCUCUGUCUGGGGACUGCAGAGGGAAUCAAGGCUGGGAAGCAGCCAACGUGGACCUAACUUUCCUCCCUUCUGUUCUAGGCAUCGUAUCAUGAGCAUCACGACAGCUUGCGCAAAAAAGUGUGCCCUUUCUGGGAUCAGCCAGAGGCCUGUGAGUCUUGCUUUAUUCUAGGGUCUGAUGACAGCAGGGCUCUGCCAAUGGUGUCUAGCUCUGUUGCUGCUAGGGCUGCUUGGCUAUUAUGGCAAUAGUUUGUUUUAGGUAGGUAAGGUCUGCUGUGGAGGACAGGCGUGCCAAAUUUAUUUGCUAGCCUCUGCUCCUGUGCCUUUGACGGGACCUUGGGAUGCAGGUGUUAGCAAGUAUGCAUAGCUUCUUGCCGUGAAAUGUUCAUCUGCUGCAGGGCAGUCUGAAGCAUAUCCGGCGCCAUGGUGCAAAGAUCCCUCUGGCGCCCCCUCCCAGCAACUCCCAAACAAGGGAGGGGGUGCAGCUCCCCCACUCUCUGGGGCGCCCCUGAGAGGCCAGCGCCCUGGUGCAACGAACCACUAGCACCAAUGGGAAAGACGGCUCUGAUCUGCUGUUUUCUGCACAUUGAGCUGUUGUUACAGGUGCAGAAGCAGAGCAGACUGCUUUUCCACUAGUUAGUUAGCCCUAAUGAAAGAAUGCAGCCCCCUUUUCUAUUAGAGCUAAACUGAUCUCUGGCUCCGCCCAUUAGACUAUUAAUGCAUUUACUUGGGUAUAAAAAUGAGGUGCUAUUGGUGCCCCCCCCCCCGUUUUUUGUUUUGCUGGAGGUGCCUACUUGAUUCAAUAAAGAGACCAGCAGACAAAGAGAAAGCCGAUGUGAUGUAGUGGUUAAAGGGCACAACUUGAACUACGUAGUUCUGGGUAAUAAUAAUAAUAAUAAUAAUAAUAAUAAUAAUAAUUUAUACCCCGCCCAUCUGGUUGGGUUUCCCCAACCUGGGCCACUUCCAACAAAAUAUUAAAAAUACAAUAAAACAUCCAACAUUAAAAACUUCCCUAAACAGGGCUGCCUUCAGAUGUCUUCUAAAAGUCAGGUAGUUGUUUAUUUCCUUGAGAUCUGAUGGGAGGGUAUUCCACAGGGCGGGCGCCACCACCGAGAAGGCCCUCUGCCUGGUUCCAACAGCAUACACUGGGCCACAGGUUCCUCAUCCCUGUUAUAAGGUAUCAGUGUCUAUUGGAGACUCAACAGUCUAAUCAUAUUUCCGCCCCCCGCUGCUGCCUCUCUUCUAGAUGGUCCAGAUCUGUGGUCCUCGGUGGAGUUUCGCGACUACAGCAACAGCGUCAAGGCUGAAAUGGCUAUGUCUCUGAGCGGCCGCUGCCUGCUUCAUCCCAACGCUUCCCUGUGCUGGAAAGAAAGCCCCACUCCGGGUGCGGCCUGUCAAGACAUCCCCAAUUCCACAGUCACAGGAUUACAUCAGGUGAAAGGGUGGGGCGGUCAUACUAGGAGCUUGGUGGGGUGGUAACGGGUAACGAUCCAAGGAUGCUCUUAUGGUGACGUUCGUUCGGAACUAACCCUGCCUUCCCUGCCUGCCUGUGGUAGAGCUCGGUUUUGCCGCAGCAGGGUAGGGAAAGGGAGCAGUAGAGGCAUGUGGAGAGAUAUUUAGCUGCCGAAUCAUUUCUUGAUGCCUUUGAGCCACCAAAGACUAGCACAAACAAGUGGUUCAGGCUUAGCAGUAUGUCCUCAUUAAGGGUAAAUACGUAUUGGUGCUCCUUGCCCACUGUAAAGAGUAAAAGAGGGGAGACUGGGGUGUUUAAAGGAUGGCUGAACUGGAGGAAGCGUUAGGACUUGUCAACACGUCCACUUGUUUUGUGCCUUGAAAGCACAGGUCCAAGCAGUUUCCCACUUGUCCUGUGCUUUUUUGUGCUGGGAGCCAGCGUGGCGUAGUGGUUAAGAGCGGCGGACUCGUAAUCUGGUGAACCGGGUUCGCUUCCCCGCUCCUCCACAUGCAGCUGCUGGGUGACCUUGGGCUAGUCACACUUCUCUGAAGUCUCUCAGCCCCACUCACCUCACAGAGUGUUUGUUGUGGGGGAGGAAGGGAAAGGAGAAUGUUAGCCACUUUGAGACUCCUUAAGGGGAGUGAAAGGCAGGAUAUCAAGUCCAAACUCCUCCUCCUCCUCUUCUUCUUCUUCUUUUCCCAAUGAAUAAUAAUAAUAAUAAUAAUUUUAUUUAUAUCCCGCCCUCCCCAGCCGAAGCCGGGAUCAGAGCAGCUAGUAACACAGCAUUCUAAAAUCAAUUCAUUCUAAAAUCAAUUCAAAAUCAAAUUAAUGGCAACCAUUGGGCUAGAGUUCUGUGAGGAUUACCAAAGGAGAGGGUCAGACUGUGCCUUUAUAUUAUCAUUCAUAUAUAUAUAUAUAUAUAUAUAUAUAUAUAUAUAAAAUUAUUAUUAUUAUUUGCCCCCUGCCCAUCUGACUGGGUUGCCCCAUCCACUCUGGGCAGCUUCCAACAUAUAUAAAAACAUAAUAAAACAUUACCCAUUAGAAAGCUCCCCUUCAAUGCUGGAUUGCAGCAAACGUCAAUCUGUUGGCCCUGUUCGCUGAAGUGGAUGGGAGUUGGAUGCCAGCAACAUCUGAAAAGUCACAGAUUCCCUCACCCUUGCCAUGUUGGGUUGUGGAAAUUGAUAUAGGAGAGAAGAUAACAGAGUGCUUUUGAAAUGAUCUUAUUGUGCCUUAUUGCCUAGAGGUCUUGCAUGCUAAGCGAUAGAUGGAUAUUGCAAAUAAACAAUCAAGAUUAUCCUUGCGUGUUUUUUUCUUUCUCUAGGAGUACAUCCUUGAGGAGGUGGAUGUUCACCCGCGGCUCUGCUUCAAGGUGAGGCCUGCUUCCCAGUCGCUACUCGCACCGGACACUGGCAAGUCCUAGUGCCAGAUCUUCUCUGCCCGAAACUGUUGCCACUUGCAGCCGUCUGGACUCUGCACAGUCUCAGGAGAGCGACGGGAAGCUUGGGAGUUGCAUUAUCAUCAUAGGAUUGAGUAGAUAGCAUUGGGAUGUAGGUGUUUGUGUGCUUUUAAAAAAAAUGAACUUCACUUCUGUUCUUGUGGAGGGAUAUGACUUGGCGUACCUUGAUCAGGACAAGCUGGUCCUCAACCAGGGGAUGUGCUCUCAAGGCUCAUCAAGGCUUGUCCCAUGCCUAGAAAGCCCAAGCCCAAGGUACAGAUGAGCUCUCAGUCCCUGCUGGUGUUUUUCCAGCAGUGAGAGCCAGUGUGGUGUAGUGGUUAAGAGCAGUGGCCUCGUAAUCUGGUGAACCGGGUUCACUUCCCCGCUCCUCCACAUGCAGCUGCUGGGUGACCUUGGGCUAGUCACACUUCUCUGAAGUCUCUCAGCCCCACUCACCUCACAGAGUGUUUGUUGUGGGGGAGGAAGGGAAAGGAGAUUGUGAGCCGCUUUGAGACUCCUUCGGGUAGUGAUAAAGCGGGAUAUCAAAUCCAAACUCUUCUUCUUCUUUCCAUACGUCGUAAAGCAUGAAAAGCGUUGCACUUGAUAAGCCUUCAAAAGCAUAAAGCUUUUGUCCAAAGGAAAACAGACCCUGUGAUGUGCAGUGCAGUCAUAUGAAGGUUGACUCAGGAGGAAGUUACACGGAGUCCUAUGGGGCUGGCUCUCUUAUAAAUCUUUUUUUUUUAAUUGAGUUUUACAUUGCAAAUUCAAAUAAACAACAACAUCAUCAUUGAGGAUUCCCUGAAUCCUUUGACCCCCCCUCCCCCCCUUCCAUGGUUACCAUUUCCAAUCUUUUCCCACUGCUUCACUUAUUUCCCCUAUUUUUCUUAUAUAAUCCAAUUUUACCUUAGUUUUUAGUACAUUACAAACGUUAUUCAAAUCCUGCUGAAGUUUUUAGUUGUUUACAGUGUACGUGGGGCUGACUCUCAAGUCUGCAGCCUUAGGGGCUCUACAUGAGCCAUAGUCGUGGGCUUAAAACUGCGAGCACAAGAAUUCAGUUAGGACAUUGGGAAGAACUUUGGCACAUAGGAAGUUGCCUUACACUGAGUCAUCACGCCAUAGGUCCUUCUACCUCCGCAUUGUCUGCACUGACUGGUAGCAGUUCUCCAGGGUUUCAGACAGAGGAUAUUCUCACCCUGGUCUGCAGAUGCCAAGGACUGAACCUGGGACCUUCUGUGUGCAAGGCCCACGAUCUGCCGCUGAGCUACAGCCAUGCUGUCCUAGCGACUGUCUGGCUGUCUGGGUGUUGGUGCACUGGGACAGGUUGCUUUCAGGAGUGCCGCGGAAUCUUCACUGCUGGAGGUCAGGGAUGUGGCUCAGCGGUACAGCACCUGCUGCUUUGUAGGUUUGAUCCCCAGCAUCUCCAGGUAGGGCUAGAAGGGGUCUGAAAUCCCGGAAGGCCAUUUCCCAGCCAUUGUAGACAGUAGUGAGCAAGAUGGAUCAAUGGUCAGACUCGUUAAAAAGCAGCUCCCCAUGUCUUUUAUAAGAGCAGGUUUGGACAAAUACUUGGUGGUUUUAGUUUUAAGUUGGCUUGAUCGAUGAGAUCAGUUCAAGUCCUGUACAGUGGUACCUUGGAAGUUGAACAGAAUCCGUUCAGGAAGUCCGUUCAACUUCCAGAAUGUUUGGAAACCAAGGUGCAGCUUCUGAUUGGCUGCAGGAAGCUCCUACAGCCAAUUGGAAGCUGCGUCGGAUGUUCGGGUUCCAAAGAACGUUUGCAAACCGGAACAAUCACUUCUAGGUUUUCAGCAUUCGGGAGCCAAAACGUUUGACUCGCAAGGCAUUCGGGAUCUAGGGUAUGACUGCAUUCAAGGCUGUCCGUCACUGGAGGAAUGGAGAUGUGGGAUUUCUUUCGCGCUAAAGAUAUUUGUUGUAUCCCCUCCCGAAGGAAGGCAGGGGGCUGGAAUUGAGGACUCCUGCUGAUUUUGCUGUUCUUUCAUUCUGUGAGUGUGAGUUGCUGGUUUGGUUUCACCAGCCCCAGCUCUUCCAGUGAUCCUGUGUCUUUGCUGUCUGUCUUUUCUAGUUUUCCUACAGAAACAGCAGCCGCAUUGAGUGCCCACUCCGGACAGGUGAGUCUGCAGCUCAAACCUGCUGGUUUGGUAUCGUAGGAUGAUGGGGAGGUGGUGAUUGGGGCAAGGGAAGCGAUUCCUUCUCACUGAACCAGAGAUCAUGCUCAUUAGGGUUUCAAGCAUGGACCCAAAGCUGUUUUAUCUGCCUGUGUCUGUACAUUCCUUGCCCAUCAUGACAGCACUCAGAAGCAGGUCAUCUCAUUGCUGUUCAGCGGUCAGUGGAGGCUGGUGCUCCUUGGGACUGGUAGGGCGGAAGGCAAGGGGGCCGACAGUAGAUGGAGCCAGAGAAAAUGACAGGCAGAGCCAAUUGAUUCUGGUUUUGUUUCCAUUCUCUGCCAUGCUAAGUCCUAUAAACGGAACACUAAGGAAGAGGAUGGGACGCGGGUGGCGCUGUGGGUUAAACUACAGAGUCUAGGGCUUGCUGAUCAGAAGGUCGGCAGUUUGAAUCCCUGCGACGGGAUGAGCUCCCGUUGCGCGGCCCCUGCUCCUGCCAACCUAGCAGUUCGAAAGCAGGUCAUAGUGCAAGUAGAUAAAUAGGUACCGCUCCGGCGGGAAGGUAAAUGGCGUUUCCGUGCGCUGCUCUGGUUCGCCAGAAGCAGCUUAGUCAUGCUGGCCACAUGACCCGGAAGCUGUACACCGGCUCCCUCAGCCAAUAAAGCGAGAUGAGCGCCGCAACCCCAGAGUGGGUCACGACUGGACCUAAGGCCCAGGGGUCCCUUUACCUUUUUAAGGAAGAGGAUAGAGCAGGGGUCAGCAAACUUUUUCAGCAGGGGGCUGGUCCACUGUCCCUCAGACCUUGUGGGGGGCCGGACUAUAUAUUGAAAAAAUAAUAAUGAACGAAUUCCUAUGCCCCACAAAUAACCCAGAGAUGCAUUUUAAAUAAAAGGACACAUUCUACUCAUGUAAAAAUGCACUGAGUCCUGGACCAUUCGCGGGUCAGAUUUAGAAGGCGAUUGGGUCGCAUCCGCCCCCCAGGCCUUAGUUUGCCUACCCAUGGGAUAGAGGCUGUCAGCCACUGCUUUCUCUGGAUUGGCUGUAAGUAAGGAGGCAGGCUUGUAAGGGCAGUCUGGGUGCCCCUUUCAGCUGUUAGUAGCCUGCGUUGAGAUUAGUCACCUGCAACCCUAAUGCUCAGACAAGAGUCUCCAUUUUUGCCUCCCUGCAACAUAAUGUUGCACACCACCCCAAUCUCAUGAGCAGUGAGAGAUUUCAGGGGUUGCAGACGCUUGCCCAGAGUUGAGAGCCCACCCUGCUACCUGUGAUUUUUCCACCCCCUUUCAAGAUGCCAGGAAUGAACCAGGCACCUUUUACAAACAAAUCGUAGGCUGUACUUCCGGGUUACAGCCCUUUUGCACGUUGUCGCUCAAGCUUUACGUGCAGGAAACCUGGCACUUAACCAAAGGGAGAAAUGCUGUGCAGAAAAACUGAUCCGUAGUAUUUUUGUUGCGGGGGUACAGGCCUCUGUUAGGGAGGAGAGAAUCCUGAUCAGCUGAUGUUGUUUCCCAGCAUUUUUUGUGACUGGUAGCUGCCCAGCUGUUAGUGUAAAUCAGGGGUCACGACUGGACCUAAGGCCCAGGGGUCCCUUUACAUUUUUAAGGAAGAGGAUAGAGCAGGGGGUCAGCAAACUUUUUCAGCAGGGGGCCGGCCCACUGUCCCUCAGACCUUGUGGGGGGCCGGACUAUAUUUUGAAGGGGGGAAAAUGGAACGAAUUCCUAUGCCCCACAAAUAACCCAUUUUAAAUAAAAGCACACAUUCUACUCCUGUAAAAACAUGCUGCUUCCUGGACCGUCCAUGGGCCGGAUUUAGAAGGCGAUUGGGCGGGAUCCGGCCCCCGGGCCUUAGUUUGCCUACCCAUGGUGUAAAUGCACGGUCCUCUUAACUGGCAGAAAACAUGUUGACCGUAAACAAUGAACGGUUGAAACAAAAGACUUCCUUGGUGUUUGUAGUCAGUCUAAAGCAACGUGAAGGUUUUCGCCCCAGCGUUGUUUUGUGAAAACAGAAUGGCUUGUUAUGUGGAUUUCAAAGUUAAACGUUCCUGCUUAGUUUUGAGCAGUCUUGUCACUUGUUUCCUUUAAUCUGGAAGAGCUGUGUUUGCAUUGUUAACACUGAAAUGCAACUGCGCCCUCACGUGGCGAAGUAGGGGAAAUACAGAAUACUCACAGUUAUGCUGUAGGCAGCACUGAACUAACCGCAAGAUGCCAGGAUACCUACCUAUCUAGGGUUUUGCCCCUGCUUUAGUUUUCUGAAGACCCAUGUUGAUUUGGAUGCGUUGCCUAAACUCCACCUUCUGGGAUAUAUUUUAUGUGUGUGUGAUGUUGCUAUACAGGCAACUCCCAACUAACGCGAGGCUUACGUUCUAAGGCACCGUGCGUUUAAGUGAAAUUGCGUAUAUUCGAAACACCAUUGGAAAAGCCUUGAAACAUCCCAUUUCACCUCCACCCUGUACUGCCCUUUUCGGUGCAGUUUUUGUGAUGUUUCCAGGUCACUUCCGGGUUCAGCGUCGCACACAUAUCAGAUGCGCCCAAAAUUUUGUAAGAAUUAAUUUUUUGUUUCAAGUGCAAACAUAUGCCUAAAAAGGUCUGAGCCAUUAGAACAACUUGUUGCCGGUCUUUCUUCCUAGACACUGCCUGGAAUGUAUCUAUGAGUGUCAAACCUUGGCAGCUCCACUUGCAUUUUCAUUCUCGCGCACCAGCAUCCUUCAGCUCGGCCUUAUGUCAGAAGCAAUCUCCGCACCAGUGUGAGCCAGAGCCACCUGUCUAUACCAUCACCCAUGUAAGUGACUUUUGGAGCUGGAGAGGAGGAGGGUUAACUUGGGUUGGGAUCCAGCCGGACUGGCCCAAACCAACAAAAUUAAUUCCAGAAGGGACAAAUGUAAGGUUCUGCACUUAGGCAGGAAGAACCAGCUGCACAAAUGUAAGAUGGGGGACACCUGGCUUGCCAGUAGUGCAUGUGAAAAGGAUCUAGGGGGGUCUUAGUGGACCACAAGCUGAACAUGAGUCAACACUGUGAUGCAGCAGCAAAAAAAGCUAAUCCUAUUCUAGGCUGCAUCAAUAAUAAUAAUAAUAAUAGUAAUAAUAAUUUAUUUAUACCCCACCCAUCUGGCUGGGUUUCCCCAGCCACUCUGGGCGGCUUCCAACCGAAUACUAAAAACAACAAAGCGUCAGACAUUAAAACCUUCCCUAAACAGGGCUGCCUUCAGUUGUCUUUUAAAAGUAACAUAGUUGUUUAUUUCCUUGACAUCUGCUGGGAGGGCUUUCCACAGGGCAGGCGCCACUACCAAGAAGGCCCUCUGCCUGGUUCCCUGUAACCUCACUUCUCACAGUGAGGGAACUGCCAGAAGGACCUCAGCGCUGGACCUCAGUGUCCGGGCUGGAUGAUGGGGGUGGAGAUGCUCCUUCAGGUAUACUGGACCGAGGCCAUUUAGGGCUUUAAAGGUCAGCACCAACACUUUGAAUUGUGCUUGGAAACAUACUGGGAGCCAAUGAAGAUCUUUCAGGACCGGUGUUAUAUGGUUUCGGUGGCCACUCCUAGUAACCAGUCUAACUGCCGCAUUCUGGAUUAAUUGCAGUUUCUGAGUCACCUUCAAAGGUAGCCCCAUGUGGAGUGCAUUGCAGUAGUCUAAGCGCGAGAUAACUAGAGCAUGCACCACUCUGGCAACAGAAGCAUAGUGUCCAGAUCAAGGGAAGUAAUAGUACUGCUCUAUUCUGCCUUGGUCAGACUGCACCUGGAGUACUGUAUCCAGUUCUGGGUACCACAAUUUAAGGAGGAUAUUGGCAAGCUGGAACAUGUGCAGAGGAAGGCAACCAAGAUGAUCAAGGGUCUGGAAACCAGGACUUGUGAGGAACAGCUGAAGGAGAUGGGUGUGUUUAGCCUGGAAAAGAGAACACCGAGAGGAGAUAUGAUAGCCAUCUUCGGAUAUCUGACGGGCUGUCACAUGGAAAAUGGAGCAAGCUUGUUUUCUCCUGCUCUGGAGGGUAGGACUCGAACCAAUGCCUUCAAGUUACAAGGAAGGAGAUUCUGGCUAAACAUCAGGAAGAUCUUUCUGACAGUACAAGCUGUUCGACAGUGGAACGAAGUCCCACGGGAGGUGAUAGGCGCUCCUCCUUUGGAGGUUUUUAAGCAGAGGUUGGAUGGCCAUCUGUCAUGGAUGCUUUAGCUGAGAUUCCUGCAUUGCAGGGAGGUUGGACUAGAUGACCCUUGGGGUGCCUUCCAAUUCUACAAUUCUAUGGUGGGUGAGGGAAGGUGCGGUAAAUGGGCUGCAUUUUUUUUCUGGAGUGAGGCAGAGGACUGGGCCUCAUGUCCAACUCUCCCUUAUGUUUUGCAGCUGGAGAGAUCAAGCCUGGGAGACCUGGACCUCAUCCUUCCUUGGCGGGCAUUGACAAGUUGUGUACUGGUAAGGACCAACCUAAGCCCCACCCCACGCUGUAUUGUAAUAUACAGUGGUACCUCAGGUUACAGACGCUUCAGGUUACAGACUCUGCUAACCCAAAAAUAGUACCUUGGGUUAAGAACUUUGCUUCAGGAUGAGAACAGAAAUCAUGCUCCAGCGGCGCGGCAGCAGGAGGCCCCAUUAGCCAAAGUGGUGCUUCGGGUUAAGAACAGUUUCAGGUUAAGUACGGACCUCCGGAACCAAUUAAGUACUUAACUUGAGGUACCACUGUAUUAUUUCCCGGCAAAUAGUUUGUGAACUACAGCUCUGACCAGAGGUACCACUGUACAUUGGAUUGUAUCCACCACUAGUCCUGCCUAGAGGAGUCACCUUGGAGUUAACAGGCAUACCGUAUUUUUUGCUCUGUAAGACUCACUUUUUCCUUCCUAAAAAGUAAGGGGAAAUGUGUGUGUGUCUUAUGGAGCGAAUGCAGGCUGCACAGCUAUCCCAGGAGCCAGAACAGGAAGAGGGUUUGCUGCUUUCGCUGCGCAGCAAUCUCUCUUGCUGUUCUGGCUUCUGAGAUUCAGAAUAUUUUUUUCUUGUUUUCCUCCUAGGAAAACUAGAAAACAAACUAGGUGCGUCUUAUGCUCUGGUGCGUCUUAUAGAGCGAAAAAUACGGUGGUUAGCUUAAGUUAAUUAACUCCAGUGAGUCUACUUUGAGUCUUCUUCUUCUUUGGUGAUCUCUCGUAGCUGAGUAAGAUUGUCUUCCAUAAACACGGUUUUAACAGUGAGUCCGUAAGUGACUGUGGGGGCCAAUUCUGGAUCCACAUGUCCUUCCACAGUGGGGACAUAGGUUUCUGGAUGGGAGUUGAUCACGGUGAGGGUUUGCCAAGUGUGCUUUCCUCUUAGCACGUUUCUCCCUUUCAUCUUGAGUUCGAGGAUCUUCAAAGCCCAUGACACCUUCGGUAAAGGCUGAUCUCCAACUGGAACGCUCACAGGCCAGUGUUUAUACUACAUUUUUUAAGAUUUGCCUUGGGACAGUCUUUAAACCUCUUUUGUUGACUUUGAGUAGAACCUUGCUUGGUAGAGAACAGUUUCAGCAGUAGGUGGGGCUCGAUUCCAGAGACUUGCACCACUGGCCGAUCGCUUGACAGCUGCAAAACGUGCGAGCUACUGAAUUGAAAUUGAAAUACUUUAUUGUCACUUGUACAACUUGUAUACAGUGCAGUCUUGUGUCAGUAAAACCAGUUUCAAGUGUCCUGCCUUCUCUCUCCAUCUGGUUUGUCAGGUCUGGCGUUCUGAUGUGCGCUUCGCUGGCAAACAGCUUCUGUGCCCAGAUGGUAAGUUGCCAUCCCAUAUUAGGCUGGGAGUGGGAGGGAUUUAAGGAACAGCACCUUGCCCCAUUGUGGGGAGUGGCUGCAUGUGUCAUCCCUUGCGUGAGGUUGCCUGGUUGUUUUUGCUGGGUCCCAGCCAUGGGCGUAGCCAUGAUUUUUGUUAGAAGCGGCAGAACCUCAGUUAGCUAUGUACUUUUAUUGAUUUGGGGGGGGGGACAGCUGCCCCUCCCUGCCUGCACCCCCUCCCUUGGCUACGCCCAUGGCCCCAGCUAAAUGUGGAACAGUGAAAAGUCUUAUUGGAAAGAGUGGUGAGUCAGAACUAGAUGUUCUAGGUCUUGUAGUACACGGAGGCAGGUUGUAGUGCACGUACCACUUGUUCUUUUGUCAGCCAGCGAAUGGGGAAAAUAUCAGUACCCUCUGGGAGAACAUAGACUCAAAGAGUUGGAAGGGACACCAAGGGUCCAACCCCCUGCAAUGCAGGAAUCUCAAAUUAAGCAUCCAAGACAGAUGACCAUCCAAUCUCUGCUUAAAACUCUCCAAUGAAGGAGAGUCCUCAAUGAAGACUCUCCAUUGAAGGAUGGAGUCUCAAGGCGUGUUGCUGCAAUGCUAAGGCUCCCCAGUAGGGUUAGUCAUAAGAGGAUUAGUAGCACAUACCGUAUUUUUCACCCCAUAAGACGCACCUGACCAUAAGACGCACCUAGUUUUUAGAAGAGGAAAAAAAAAUAUUCUGAACGAAACAGUGGAUGUAUGAUUUUCAUGGUUCAUGCUGUGGCCACAGACAUGGGAUCUGAUGGUGAAUUUGGGGUAGCCCAAUGCAAAAAUCCUGAGGAUCCAUGUGGAUCCGUGCUUUAUAACCACAUUUUUGCACCAUUGCAGCCCCAGGAAACAGUGGGUGCCUGAUUUUUUUGGUGCAGGCUGUAGCCAUGGACAUGCUAUGUGAUCUGAUGGUGAAUUUGGGGUGACCCAGUGUAAAAAUCCUGAGGAUCCAUGGGCUUUUACCUCCCCCCUCACAGGCAGCCUCCUUUAUCGCGUCCCUUAUCUCUCUCCCGAUCCCAUCGAUCAGCUGCUUCCUUUCAACACCCCCUUCCCUCUUAAAAAAAAAAGCAUGAUCUGCUUUUUGCCCCUGGGCAAUUCGGCUCCAGGGACCACGCAUUCGCUCCAUACGACGCACAGACAUUUCCCUUUACUUUUUAGGAAGAAAAAGGUGCGUCUUAUGGAGCGAAAAAUAUGGUAUAUACCAUGGAGAGAAGGGACGGCAUCAAAACUUUAUAUUUUAGGAUGGGCAAGUGGGUCCUGCAACAAAAGGUUGCAGUAGCAAGUGCUCCCAUUCAGGUUGAUACUGUUAUUAUUUAUGGCACUCCAAGCAAAAGGACCAAAAAGAAAGCUUGGUUGAAAAGGAAAAAAAGGGUUGCCUGGUGCCUACAUGUAGUCAGUGAUGGUGUCAGGCGGUGCCUCCCUAGGGAGAGCAUUCCCUAAGUGCGGAGCCACCACUGAAAAGGCCCGUUCUCACGUUGCCACCCUCCACACCUGUCUUGGAGAGUGCACAACACGAAGAAGGACCUCUGAUGAUGAAUGCAGGAUCUGGGUUGGUUCAUGCGGGGUUACCGUCAGUCCUGCUAUCUUCCACAAUACUCCAUUCCGCCCUCACCCUCCAAGAGGCAUUCAGCAUUUUGUGGCCACUGUGCAUGUUCAGUCCUCAUUGGUCUGUUUUGGUUCUCUUUCACACACACACACACACACACACACACGGUCCUUAGAUUGAUUGAUUUAUUUUAAAGUGCUCCUGCAGACCUUGAGGUUCCCCCAGAGACUGGCGAUGCCUCCCCGUCUUGUGGAUGGUGCAAAUUUUGGCUCCAUGAAGAUCCACACUCAGAGAAUGAGUUUGCUAGGCGUGUUUCAGAUGGAAAGAGAAACAACAUACAUAGAUCCCUGAGCAGAUGGGAAGGUAGUGCAGGUUGUUGUUAAUUUGUGUUAAUUUCUCACCUCCUUUUUUCCCCCUACUAGUGACUCACAGGCACUGGGGGCUGCUGGCCUUUGGAGUGAGUCUAGGACUAGUGUUGCUGCUGGUCGCAGCCGUUCUGCUAAUUCGCUGUGUUCUGCGCAGGCUUCAUAGAGGUAAGAAGCAUCGGAGGGAUAAGAUGAACUAUCACUGUGUGUUUGUGAAAGGGCGGGAAAUGUCUUUGAAAUAAUAAUAAUAAUAAUAAUAAUAAUAAUAAUAAUUUAUUUGUACCCCGCCCAUCUGGCUGGGUUUCCCCAGCCACUGUUAGGCGGCUCCCAAAAGAAUACAGUGGUACCUUGGUUUGCAACCGCUUUGGAUUACAACCGUUUUGGAUUACAAACCCGGAAGUACGUGUCCCUUUUUUUUUUUUAUUACAACCCUUAUUUAUUUAUUUAUUACAACCCAUUUUUUUGGGAGGCCCCAUUGGUGAAAGCAUACCUUGGUUUUGGUAUACAACUGGACCUCCGGAACGGAUUAUGGUUGUAAACCAAGGUACCGCUGUAUUAAAACAUGAUAAAACAUCAAUCCUUAAAAAUUUCCCUAAACAAGGCUGCCUUCAGAUGCCUUCUGAAAGUCAGAUAGUUGUUGUAUUUCCUUGACAUCUGAUGGGAGGGCGUUCCACAGGGCGGGGGCCACUAUCGAGAAGGCCCUCUGCCUGCUUCCCUGUACCCUCACUUCUCACAGUGAGGGAGCCGCCAGAAGGCCCUCGGAGCUGGACCUCAGUGUCCAGGCUGAAUAAUGGGGGUGGAGAUGCUCCUUCAGGUAUACUGGGCUGAGGCCGUUUAGGGCUUUAAAGGUCAGCACCAACACUUUGAAUUGUGCCCAGAAACAUGCUGGGAGCCAAUGUAGGUCUUUCAGGACCGGUGUUAUAUGGUCUCGGCAGCCACUCCCAAAAGGCGACCCACUCUAGUAAUUCAGUCCUGUGUGGUGAGACAGUUGUCAGAGCAGCAGCAUCCUCUGUAUUUCAUCACAUAGGGCAGAGGUUGCCUGCAAAUAUUUUUGUGGGACUGCAACUCCCAUCCACACUGACCAUUGGCCGUGCUUGCUGGGGUUGAUGGGAGUUGUAGUCCAAAAACUUCUCAAGGGCGCCAUGUUGACUCCCUCUGAGAUAGGGGCAAAUUUAGGAAUCGCCCUAAAUUAUAGUCAUUCUUAUUGUUUAACACCGUAAGUAUGCAUAACGUUUCAUAAAGCAACGUAAGAAAAACCUGAAUGUUUUUCAGAAAAGAUUGGUUGAGAAUGACAAAAACAAUUCUUACCAUGUGGUGGCAUCUGUGUGUAAAAAUGUUAGUCCGUCUGCUCUUAUGCAGAAGGUUACUUUUUUCCUUGCCUGAAAACGUGUGUAGGGUCAAUGUGAAAGAAUAUGGCAGGACAAAGUUAUUAAUUCAUUUCAAUUAUUUCUGUACUGCCUUUCACUCCACAGAGUGCCCAAACAGUUUACAACCAAGAAGCAAUGGCAGUAUACCAAGAAGUCCGAAAAAAUACCCAUAAAAACAUAUGAGUAAAAUAUUAACAUCAGUUACAGUAAUUAGGGUGCUAAAAACUGGCGUUAAUGGCCAAGGAAUGCCUGGGCAAAUAGGUAUGUUUUCAAAGCAUGCCAGAAGCAUCCAAUAUUGGUGCUUGCCGAAUCUCCAUAGGGGAGGUGCCACCACAGAGAAGGCUCUUUUCUGUACCAACAUAAAGCAAAUAUCUGCAGGGCAUGCAGUUAAAAGCCUUCUCUGUUAAUGGCUCAUUCUUCUCAGCAUCCAGCUUUUAUUUUCACUUCUGCUCUAGUCAGGAGCUUAUCAUUGCCAGAGCCUCCAUUUGCUCUUCAUUGAAGUACAGUGGUACCUCUGAAUGCGAACGGGAUCCGUUCCAGAGCCCCGUUCGCAUCCUGAAGCGAACGUAAGACGUGUCUGCAGCUAAAGCAGGAUGCAUUGCCGCAACAGCACAUGCAUGUGCAGACAUUUGACCAUCUCCGCAUGCUCUAGCUGGUGAACCGGGAUAGUUCAUAGUCGCCGGUAGUUCGCUGCUCCGUACAUGCACAGACCUCAUUUAGGCCAUCCAUGUGCAGCUCAGUGGCAAACCUGGCAACGGCCCCGUUUAGGCGGAACCUAAGACCUGUAUUUGAAGUCAUUUGACAUCUGCGUGUGCGCUGUGGGCUAAACCUGAAGCAGGGCCCGCUUGGCACUUCCGGAUCAUGCAGGUGGCGUCAUUCUGACCAUCUGCGCAUGUGGAGUGAGCAAACCCGAUGCUAACAGGUCCGCUUGCCGCCUGCACAUGCACGUGACGUCAGUUUGACCAUCAGCAUGCGUCGAGUGGCAAGACCUGGAGUAAACAGGUCCGCUUGCCGCUCCGCAUGCACGGACGCAGUUUGACCAUCUGCGCAUGCGCAGUGGCAAACCUGAAGCAGCGGCUCUGGUUUGCCGCCAGACAUGCGCGUGAAGUCAUGCUGGCCAUCAUGCGCACGCUGGCAAGCCUGGUAUGCCGGCUCCGCUUUGCCGCCAGUACAUGCACGUGACGUCAUUUUGAGCGCCAUCUACGCAUGCCAGAGUCGGUCACGACCUGGAACCUAAUGGUUAGGCUCCGCUUCUACACAUGUACAUGACGUCAUUUUGACCAUCUUGCAUGUUUGAAUGGCAAUUCUGAAGUAAUGCACUUGAAGCUACUCUCAGUGGCUGGGAGAGCAACCCAGCCAAUGUUGAUCCUGAAGCAUAUCUAUCCCACGGCGAGGCUGUAGCUCCGAUUUCAUCGGUGCAACCGGAGCAGCCUGCCCACCUGAGCAGGACCUUGUCUCAAGCUACCGCUAGGAUGAUGCAAGUAGAAUAACACUAGGCACUAUCAUUCCAUGACUGCUGGGAAGGUAUACGUCAUCAGUGCGCUGCGCUGGUGCUGUGCUCGCCAGAUGCCAGCUCGUCAUGCUGGCGAUCCGUGACCUGGCAAGUGUCCAUCUAGACAGCGAACCUGGCUCCCGGCCUCUAUGAGCUGAUGUAAUGUAGCUCCUGCUGAAGCCCUAGAGUGGCUGGACACGACCCAGCACGAGCAUGGGUGGGUUUGCCUUUUAAUAAAUUAUUAUUAUUAUUAUUAUUAUUAUUAUUAUUAUUAUUAUUUUAUUAGAUUCAUGCCACACCCUUCCUCCCCAAGGAGCCCGUGGUGGCAAAGAGAUAAGACAACUUUACAAAUGAAGUAAAAACAUUCUAAAGCAGUCAAAAACAAUUGGGACUCAACUAAAAAGCCAUUAUCAGAAUCACAGAAUCAUAGAGUUGGAAGGGACCCCGAGGGUCAUCUAGUCCAACCCCAUUUGGUGUGCGGGAAUCAAAACUAAAGCAAUCCAUGACAGGUGGCCAUGCAACCUCUGCUUAAAAUAUUCUAAAAUCAAUUAAAACUGUGUUUCUAUUCAGUGAUCUUGAAGGCUGGCCAGGAACAGUAUCCUUCAGCCACCACAGGAAUGCUUUCAAAUUCCUCCUGAAAAAUUAAUGAUGACGGAGAGAGGUAGCACCUCACUAGGGAGGGCAUUCCACAGCUGGGGAGCCACCACUCGAAAGUCCCUGCCAAGGAUCAGCACCUUCUUAUGAGAAGCAUUCCUGAUUCCGCUUUCUCCCUUCUCUCCCCAGACGUACCGGGCAAGCGCCAUUCUCGCCCCAUCCUGCUGAUCUAUUCCCCCGACUCGGAGGAGCACAAGCAGUUGGUGUGUGCUUUUGCGGCGCUGCUGCGCUCGGCCCUGGGCUGCCCCGUGCUCUUGGACCUCUGGGAGCUGGGCCACGUGGGGCGGCUGGGCAUCUUGCCCUGGGUGUACGCCCAGCGAGAGCAAGUCAGCCGGGAGCAGGGCCAGGUCCUGCUACUGUGGAGCGUCGGCAGCGCCCGCGCCUACGGACUGUGGCAAGGGAAGGCCUCCAGGCACGGCGGCGUGAAGGCACCGGAGCCCCACGACCUGUUUGGGGCGGCCAUGGCCUGCUUGAAAGGCGAACUGCAGGGGGCGCCCGGGGCCGUGCGAGGAAAGGGCGACUGGGUCAUCGCCUACUUCAGCAAACUGUGCGGCCGGCGCAACAUCCCCCGGGCCUUGCACUUCCUUCCUCGAUACCGCCUGCCUCAGGAACUGCCAGGUCUGGUCAGGGUGCUUCAGGGCCCUUCCAGCUCAACCCCAAGAUGGCUCCGCGCCAGCGCUAAGGCCCUGGUGUGCCGCUUGCUCAAGGCCGAGAAGAAGAAAGCUGUGCGGAGCCAGAGGCAUCAGCCUUGGAGGUCAGCCACGGAGAAGUUUGCGAGCUCCCUGGUCCCUUUCGCUCCUCAUCCCAAACUGCGCAGGCCGAGCUGCGCUUGA